AUGCUUAGCUUACAGGGACGAUGGAUCCCGAAUCAGAACCUCCAACUGCCCGUCCUGGUCCGCAAAACCAAGAUGAGUCCUACGCCGCUUCCACUCGACAUCGAAUACCUAAUCCUAAACGAGCUGUCGCAUCUCAGCUUGUACCCAACACGCGAUGAAUGCAGAACCAUCCUCAGCUGCCUUUGCGUCUGCUCACGCUGGCACUCUACGCUCCAAGAACUCUUAAUCCGAAACAACUCGGCGCGAUCCCUCUUGCGCCCGCUGAAUCAAAUCGGACAAAUCGCCGUGAAGCGCGUCGCGGCAGAGUACGUCGCUCGGAAGAACCACACCCACGCCGAUCCUGGUCACACCGCGCCAGAUAAUCGCCAUGGUCCACAACGACACGGCGGUGACCUCGAGGUUCCAGCGACAUAUUCAGCCCGCAUAUCAGAGAAUGGAGACGACACGGUCCUCGUCAAAGACCUGGAGCGCUGUGCACGCCUCGCCCCUCGCCUGGGCGACCUCGAUUCCCUGCGCACAUGCCUCGAGGCCGGCGCGCCGUACAAUUACAAUUCAUGGUGGAUGCUCAUCGACGGUGUGAACCACCACCAAGCCGCGAUCAUCAAAUACAUUCUUGACGCAAGCUACGGAUCUCCCGACCCCGCAAAGAAUCGGAUAUGCAACGCAAAGCUAAUGCAGCUCGCCAUCGUCAAGGGCAACGUCGAGAUUGUGGGUAUCUUCCUUGAUCGGGGCUUUGGCGCCAGGGAUCGUGUCGAUCCGAGGAUUCUGGUGGAUGGCCGGUAUUAUUCUGUGAGUGUGGUUUCGUAUGCGGCGUUUCACAAUCAGGUCGGUGUCCUUGAGGUACUUCUGCAGCGGGGGAUGGGUGUGGAGGAUCCUGGUAUCCCGGUUCGGCCGGUGUAUUGGGCGGUUAAGCAUGAUAACGUCGACAUGAUGAAGGUGUUUAUCACGCACAAGGUUGAUUUGGGUCCUGGAGAGUCUGCGGAGGGCGAGGAUUGGCCCCUGAAGAGGGCUGUACAAGGUGGAAGCGUCGAAAUGGUGCGAUUACUUUUGGAGCACACGCGGCUUCCGCGAUGGUGCUGUUCUUUGAAGAAGAUACUACGUCAAGCCGUGCAAGAACGUGGGGACGAUGGUAUUGAUCGGGAGCUGGCGUUGUAUGGAUUAUAG